AUGCCUGUGGGGGUGGUGGGAUCACAGCAUGUGGGCCGACGCGUCCGUGUGCCUGGCCGAGGUGCCGGUACGCUGGCCUUUGUUGGCCCGACCCAGUUCAAGGAAGGCACCUGGUGUGGCGUCUGGCUCGAUGAGCCUGCGGGGAAGAACGAUGGGUCCGUGGCAGGGCACAGAUACUUCAAGUGCCCAACACGGCACGGCGUGUUUGUACAAGGCAAAGCCAUCACGUUCCUCACAGACACGGGUGAAGAUGACCCCUCUGCUGCCAGCAGCAACGGGGUAGACAAACCCAGCCGUGGCGGCCGUGCAGCAGGCACAGACACAGGCGCGGCGAAGGCAGCAAGCAGGGGCAGCGGCUCGGCGAAGCACAGGCCCGCCCCCAGCCGCGAGCGCAGCCCGCCAGCAGCAAAGCGGCCCCACUGCACGACGCAGGUCAUCCGGCGCCUCCUCCACUUCCCCAGCGGCAGGCAUCAACACAACCGUGUCCGUGUCGCGGCCGCCACCGCCAGCCUCCACGCAGAACCCAGCCACAUCGGCCGUGAACACAACCAUCACCAUUGCUUCGCAACGUACCUCGACGACAACGCGUGCAGCCACAGCCACAACAGCAGCAAGACCCACCACCACAGCCACAACAGCAGCGGCGACCAACGGCACAGCACCUGCCCAGCGCCAACGCACUGCAAAUGCAAAUGCAGUUCCAGCCACAACUGCAACGACGACGACGCCCGCAACACGCGUGGCCACGACCGCGUCCAAUGCUGGCGUACCGUCCUCUUCAUCAUCGCCACCAAUAGCAUCAUCAACGCCGUCGAGCGCGCCUGUAACGCCACGGCGGCAUCAGCUCCCGCGCCGACUCAGUAG